AUGCCUUCCAUGAUGCGAAAGGUCGGCUCUCUCGCCGCCUCCGCGAUUAUCUUCCCGGGCAUCGCCCAUGCCACCGGCACCUACAAGCUCCAAGAGUCCUGGGAGGGCGAGAAGAUCCUCAACCACUUCAACUUCUUCGACGGGGCCGACCCCACCAACGGUUUCGUUACCUACGUCAACCAGAGCUACGCCGAGACCGCCGGCCUCGUCAAGACCACCGACAGCGGCAGCCUCUACCUCGGCGUCGACUAUGAAACUGUUCUGACCGCAGACGGUCCCGGCCGCGAGUCUGUCCGCAUCGAGAGCAACGAGUACUACGACCAGGGGCUGUACGUCGUCGACAUCCAGCACAUGCCCGGCAGCAUCUGCGGUACAUGGCCUGCGUUCUGGACCGUCGGCCCGGACUGGCCAACGGACGGUGAAAUCGACAUCAUCGAGGGCGUCAACAAGCACGAGGCGAACGAGAUCGUGCUCCACACCAGCGGCACCUGCGACGUCGGCGGGGGCUUCAACAUGACCGGAACCAUGACCUCAAGCGAGUGCGGCGAGGCCUCGGGCACAAUUGGAUGCGUCGUCAAAGGCCAGCAGGGCUCUUCAGGCGACCCAUUCAACGAGAACGGCGGUGGUGUCUACGCCAUGGAGUGGCAGGAGGAGUACCUGAAGAUCUGGUACUUCCCCCGCUCUUCCAUCCCCGAGUCUCUUGCCGCCGGCACCCCCGACGUUACGACCUUCGGCACGCCCAUGGCCCACCUGCAGGGCUCCUGCAACUUCAAGGAGCGCUUCACCCACCAGAAGCUCAUUCUCGACACCACCUUCUGCGGUGACUGGGCCGGCGGUGUUUUCGGCGACAGCGGAUGCCCCGUCAGCGACGCCAGCAACCCCAUCCAGAGCUGCGUGAACUACGUCGCCGAGAAUCCAGCCGAGUACAAGAACGCCUACUGGGAGCUGAACUCCAUCAAGAUCUACCAGAUUGGUGGAACCGCUGAAGUCGCGGGCGCCGACUCGGCCACCACCAGCACCGCUGCCGCCGCCGAGACGACUGCCGCUCAAAGCACCGCUUCGUCCACCCAGAACAACGGCGGUUCCAUCGAGGAAAUCACCACCAGCACCCACUCCGUCACCCGCACUGAGACCGUGAGCACCUCGCACUCCACCGAGACCGCCGCCGCCACUGCCGCAGCCACUACCGCCGCCAGCGCGCCCUCGGACGUCGAUGCUGACGCCGCCAACGCGCAAACUACCAAGACAAAGAGCACCAGCUACGUCACUUCCACCACCACGCUCUGCCCCGUCGAGAGCUCAACCGCCAGUGCUGUCGCCAGUGAGAGCACCAAGACCAAAACCACCAGCUUCGUCACACUCACAACAACCCUCUGCCCAGUCGAGAGCCUCCAAACCGCAAACGCCGUCCCCAGCGCCGAGGCCUCAACAGAAGCAGCAGCUGUUCCUUCACAAUCCAGCCCCGAAGCCCCCGCAAGCGAAAGCGACAACUCUAGCUCCGCAAACGCCGUGACAGCCCAGAGCACCGAGACUGCGCCUGCUGUCGAAACACCCAGCGCCACUUCCGCCCCCGACUCCGAGACAGAGACCGAAACCCUCUCCAUCCCCCCAGACAGCAUAAUCUACACCGCCCCCAACGACCUCGAAACGCCCACCGGCACCGGAACCUCCUCAGUCCCCCUCUUCACAAUCAUCUCGUCCUCCUCGGCGUUCGUCACCGUUCCCACGGCUGAACCCUCGUCCUACGAGCCCACGGAUGUUGUGCCUAGCGGCGUUGACGCCGAUAGCACGGCCUCGCCGACGGCGCCUUCGAACCCUGUGUUCACGGGGCUGGGAUCGAAACUCGAUGUUAGCGUUGGCGUGUCGGCCGUUGCUGCGGCGGUUGCGAUGAUGCUGCUUGUUUAA